GAGGAGGCGCGGCAGGCGGAGGCCGCGCCGCCGCCGCUCGAGGCCGCGGCGGUGGGCCCAGACGGCUGGGCGUUGCCGACGCAUGGGCGACAAGAUCCGCUUGCGGCUCGUGUCCGAGGGGCAGGGCGCGCGGCCAGAGUGGAACCAGGACGUGCGCUGCAGCUUCUCCGUGCGGGUGGACGGGGCCGACCCCGGCCCGGUCCUGCAGCAGCACCGGGACGUGAGGUAUCGGAUCGGCGAGGGCGAGGCGGUGCCCAUGCUGGAGCUCGGCCUGCGGCACAUGCGUGAGGGCGCCACGUGCGAGCUCUUCGGCACCUCCCAGUGGGCUUGGGGUGCGGUGGGCCUCCGCGGGGGCGGCGACGGCGAGGAGGAUGUGCCGCCGGACUCGAGCGUUCGACUGGAGGUCACUUUGCACGAAUGCCUGCCCAUGCCAUCGGGGGCGCUGCCCUGGAACGAGAAGAUCAGGGAGGUGGCGUGGCGGAAGGCAAACGGUAACGACCACUUCAGGAGGCGGCAAUUCCUGAAGGCCGGCAGGUGCUACGCCGCGGCCGCUGAGGUCUUCGGCGGCGCCUUCGAGCCGCCGGAGCACGCCGCCCAGGGCGCCGCGCAGGCCGCCGCCAGCCUGGUGGCUGACUGCGCCGCCAACCUGGCGGCCGUGCACCUGGAGGAGGGCGAGCCAGCAUCGGCCAAGCAGGCCGCGCUCCAGGCGCUGGAGCUGUCGCCAAAGCACGCCAAGUCGCUGUUCCGCCUGGCCAGGGCCCACCUCGCGCUGGACGAGUUGGGCGAGUGCGAGGCGGCGCUCAGGAGGCUCUUCGCUGUGGAGCCCGGCAGCGACGCGGCCAAGAAAUUGCAGUUCGAGCUCGCUCGGAAGAAGCAGCAGUACAGCGUCAGGAGCAAGAAGAUGGCGGAGCGCCUGUUCCAGGGGUUGCACGACGAGAGGGCGGAGGGCCACGUGCCACAGGCAGAGGGCGACUGGGACGAGCUGGGGUUGGUGGAGCAGGCCAGGGCGCUGCUGUGGGCCUACCGCCGCUGGAUUUGCGCCGGGGCCUUGCUCGCCGUCUCCUUCGGCCUGCUCCUGGCGCUGCUGCCGCCCCGCCACUGGAAGUACCUCUGCAUGGCCUACCUCCUGGGCAGCCCGGCGGCUGCGGCGGUGGCAACAGCCGGGUCGGCCGAGGAGUGCGGCAGUGGCAAGGAGGGCCAGGAGAAAAAGAGGAGGUAG